AUGGGCUCUCCAGCUGCAAAUCCCAAGAUUCUGUAUCGGAAUUCCCGCCUACUUCGCAUGGUGUUCUUGCAGCUCCAUCGCCAGCAGAGGGCUGACUUAUUUUGUGAUGUUGUCCUGCAGGCCGAAGGAGAGGCUGUUCCUGCACACUGCUGUAUCCUGACCGCCUGCAGCCCCUUCUUCACUGAGCGUUUGGAGCGUGAGAUGCCUCCCAAGGGACAUAAGGUGGUGCUGGAGCUCCGGGGACUGAAGAUUGGGCCAUUGCGUAAGCUGGUGGACUUCCUCUACACCUCCGAGAUGGAAGUGUCCCGGGAAGAAGCCCAGGAUGUUCUUGAAGCUGCCCGGCAGCUUCAGGUGUCGGAACUAGAAUCUCUACAGCUAGAGGGAGGAAAGCUGGUAAAAAAAGCACCGGGCCAGCGUUUGAACCGGCAGUGCCUACAGUUGUCCAGUCCUGUAUCCAUUUCAGAGGGAAGUCUGAUGCAGUCUCCUCCUGCCUCUGAUGUUUGCUGCCUGAUAUCCCACCACCUACUUGCAAGAAAGCAGCAGGCAGCAGGGCAGCUUCCAUGCACCAAAGGAACAGGCAGCAAUAGCAAUACUAACCAGAAAAAGACUGUCAAGGAAAAACCAGCAAUGAAGAGUGAAGACAAACACCAGAUGCCUACAGACGCAUCAGCUACAACAGAACUCUUAACGGCCAAAGUUCAAACACGUCUUGCAGGCACAGUAAAGAAUAUAAUGGGCAAUGAGGAAACUGGCAGUCAGCACACAGAGCAAGCCAGACCCAGAGUUAAGCAAGCUGUGGCUGGCUUGCAAGAGUCGAAAAAGAUCAAGCUGAGCCGUCCAAAACUCUCCUCAUCGCCUUUACCCAUGCCAGGCACCACUGAAGACCAUAGUGUCGUUGUUUCCAACAAAACCUCAAAGUCCCUUAGGCGCCUCUGGCGUAAGAAAAGUCCUCCUGUGGAAGAUGAUGCCAAAGGAGCUGAAGUGCUCAGCCAUUUGCAUGGCUUCUUGAGUCCCUCACUGCUUCCAAAGGCUACUAAGGGUAGAAAGCGCAGCUCCAGUGAGCCAGCUCCGAGCGUAAACCCUCUCCAAGAAGCUGCUCAGGUUGGCCGAGUGAAGCUUAGGAAGGUUAUCAACGGUGGCUGCUGGGAGGUGGUGCAAGAGCCGUCUGCUGCACAGCCCAAGAGAGCAGCAGACUCCGUGUGUGCUUUGACAGAGGAGGGCUCCCUACCUCAACCCAGAUAUACAGAGCAAGAAGUAGCAGCCACACAACAGCCAGCCAGCUCUACUACACUUCUGCCUGCGAAAGCAGAGAGUUCGUCUCUCUCCGAGAAGCCUCCCGUAGGAGAGGCUGCGACGAGUGCUGUGACUCUGGCUGACCGAGACUCAUACCAGCUGCCCGCGCUAGACCAAUCAGCUGAGGGUGAGCAGUACCACAACCUGGCUGCUGCGGGGGAGUCCCAGGAUACCACUGUUCCAGAGGGUGUUCCUACCUCAGGCCCUGCACCAAAAACAAGUAUUCCACUAGGAAGGGCUGGAGCUGAGGAAAAACACUGGUGUCCUGCAGAAGUGUCACUUUGUCCACAGUGGAUCAAGGAAGAAAAGAGUUCCCUCGAAGGAGAGGAGGGAUGUGCUCCUGGUUUGACAAAUGGAGUUCCCUUUCUGGACCCUGUUCAUAGUUGCCGUCCACUUGCAACAUCUGAAUCCAGUAAUGAUUGCAUUCCCCAGCCGGAAAGUCUGACAGCUCAUCACCAGUUGCCUGUGUUGGAGAAUGGGGCUACGAGACUUGCUGCCCCCUUGCCCAGUCAUGAGAACCAAGGGCUUCCAUCCUAUGGAGAGGCUACCCCAGGUGCAGAAGCAACGCCGGCUCAAGUGUUGCUAAGGAGCCCCUUGCAGCAUCACUUGGACUGUAAGCUGCCUCCCCAGUUAGUCAUCUUAGAAGAGGAUGAGAUAGAUGUUGGUGGGGUAGAGUUCUUCCUUAAUAAUGAGUAUGUCUGGCCAGAUUCCUCUCCAGUGUCUGAAAAUGAGGUGGAUGUUGUGAGCUAG